AAUUGUUAGCUUUCCUCUGGCGCGGCGGAUAUUUAUACAACGGUCACCUUCCACAACCUUCUCUCUCCGCUGAUCCGCAUAAUCUUCCUCUACCGCUCGCGGCUCAAUUUCGAGAUACACGCAAGCAACAUGACUGCGCCGUACCCCAACUUUGGCGAACCGCUACCAGCAGAGUUUCGGGGCGACCAGGUCAAGAAGCGACGUUGGCUUUCACGCUCUGACGAAGAGAUCGCGGAACACAUGGACACACGCAACUUGCGUUAUCGCAAAGGAUGGCCUCAACUUCCACCGCUUCCAGUCGCUGACAUCAGAGAUGGGGCACGAAACAAGGUGCAUAAUCCACAAGCCAUCAUCAACACGGUAGAGACAUUAUGCCAGGCUCAGAGGAUCCAGCCCAUCGAAAUCUAUUUCGCAUAUCGAGUACCAGAAGUCCAGCAGGAAGAUGAGAAGUAUCACACACUAGUACUCACCACCGAUCUCAGCAAGGACCCUCUUCUUUACUCCCUUAUCAUCCAUAUCCGCAAAUUUCUGCAGCAAGACUCGCGCCAUCAAGAGAUAUCCAUUGAGAUAAUCGAUUACCGCGCUGUACAUGGAUUGUUCAGUUUUGCUAUUCCUCCAUCCGAGCUACAUUUGAUGGAGGUAUGGCAUCCAGUCUUUGACGCCGCUCUUGAGGAGAUUCACAAACGGCAAGAGAAGUGGACAACAGUCGAGAUGUUGUAUCGCGGCUUGGAAGAUGAUGCAGCACGCUGCCAGGCAACAGUCGUUAUCACAUCACCAACUGCCGCAAAAGAUGUUUGGAUUAUGCAAAUACUUCCCGAUAUCCGCAAGCGCCUCCAAGCACUAUCUCCAUCUCUAGGGGUUGAGCUUCUCUGUGGCUCAUCUCUGUACAUUAAUUCACGGGGAGUGCCGCCUGACGCACAAACAUACGAGGCAGAUGUGUCGAUGGGCUCUUCCAUAGGGCAGCAGGCUCUUGAGAUGCAUUCGGGCACAGCUGGUGGUAUGGUGAAAUUGUCAGACGGCACGACAUGUGCCCUAACCAAUCAUCAUGUUGUGCGUAAUGACAGUCUCGAUAAAUUGCUCACAAAGAGCUCCGGCGAACAUCCAUUCUUGAAGGCUGGUAACCCUGCAUUUGAACCCAGUAAACAUCGGUUUACGUGUCCGUCCAAUGAAGACAAUGCAGCCUUCAUCCAAGAUCGUGAGAAGUACGAACAGCAAUGGCUGGCUCAAGCGAGAAAUCCUGCGGCACCCCGAUAUCUUGCUUCCACGCGGGCCGAGCUUACGACAGCAAGGACAACGAAUCGUUCUUUUGGAACAGUGUAUGCCUCUUCAGGUCUGCGGACAGUAAAGUGUGAGAAGCUCUCAAGCAAUCCUACCAAUGGCAAGGCUGUCCCAGAUACUGGCAAGUCUAAAUUCCGAUUCAUGCUCGACUGGAGCCUCUUGGAACUUCAUCCCAAGCGCGGCAUGGUCAAUGUUCUUCCCAUGCGGGUGCAGAACAAUAACGCCAGGUACAGCACCCUCAUGUCGGGGCAGGAAUGUGCUCAGUGGACGGUUAUGAAUAACCCGAAAUGCCACAUCCUGAGAGAUGAAGUAACGGUUGGGAAGUUUGGUCGCACCACGGGUUUCACAUACGGAGUGAUCAACUCAAUUCCAACCAUUAUCAACCCCAACUCCGAAGGGGGACAGUACAAGAAUAUCUCAGAUACCUAUGGCUUCACGGUUGAGGAUUGUGGCCACAGCAUGUCGUUUGUCGCUCAUGGCGGCGCCGCUGUAGGACUUGGAGACUCUGGAAGCAUUGUCUUACAUGCACCAUCCGGUGAAUGGCUUGGUCUUCUUUUCGGUGAAACGAGAGCAAAAGCCGCUCUGUUUACGCCCAUUGACCUUAUCUUUCGGGACAUUGAAAAAGUGACUGAACUGAAGGUUGUUGAGCCUGUCUUCAACUGUGGCUAAAAACAUCGAGAAAUAGGAGGACAUACUCCUGUUGCUAAUCCUCGAAUGCGUGGAAAGGUGGGAACGUACGCAUUCACGGGGUUACGGUAAUCCCACCUGCAACGGAAACAGGAGCGUGCCAGAGGAUUGAUGGUAUCCCGAGCGAGUGGUAUCC